AUGAUUCGAGGACACCAUCAAGUUGGUAUGCGACAAGAAGUGAUAAACAUGCGCUACAAUGGGGAGAGAAUGUGCAACUGUGACUCAGGCGAAGAUGGGGUUGAUGUCGGUUGGAAUCCUUUCCUCAACUUCUUCCCAGUCACAGUUUUUUAUUUGGGCGGUACAAGUAGCACCUCAGCCAACAAUGUAUCCAUUGGACCGUUGAUUUAUAGAAAUAAAAGUGGUCAACUCAUUGGAGAGAUUGUAAAUGGCGGUGAAACGGUGACUCUAUCAACAAAGGAAGCAUUCAACGAUGGAAAAUGGCAUUCAAUCUAUUGGGAAGCUGACUCUUUGGGCAUGCGAUUGAGUGUUGAUGGAUCGACUGUUCAUUACAAGGGUCUUAUCUUGCUUCCAAAUGUACAUCAAUGGACAUUUGGAUCAAGAGAGGGCAAAGGGUUGACGGGAUUCGCGGGAGUGCUCAGGAAUAUCUAUCUUUGUGGAGAGGAGAUCGUUUUGGGGAACUCGGCUAGAAAGGCGCCUGUGAAAGGGGUUGAGAUUGGAGAGGGUGGAUCCUGUCAACCAGGUUUCUGUCACAAUGGUGGUUUAUGCGUUGAUGGCUUCGAUUCACAUCGUUGCGAUUGCUCGUUGACACCUUUUGGAGGACACGAUUGCACAAAAGAAUACGGUAUGUGGGUACCAUUGAACUCUUCACUCGAGAUCCCAUGGCAAAACCCGAAUCAACAAGAUCUUUGUCAUCGAAUGGCUAUUCAAACAGCUUCCUCAAACAUUUCUUUGAUUCAUGGACGCUCACUCUUUUCCGCAGCUCGUUUCAAUUUGUCGAUGAGUGGGAAAGGCCAUCUCUCUGUGAUCGGCUGGGAUGGGUUUAUGUUCACGCAUCGAAAAUCGGAUCGAAGUGUUGUGGUGAACGAUGAACGACUCCACGAUAUCACCCUUUGCGCUAACAAAAGCGGCCUCAAAAUGAGUGUUGAUGGCCUUCCACUAAUCACUCUCGAUGGGAAUUGGACCUUUUUUGAGACGCUCAACGUUUGGGAAAUUCUCGAUAAGAAUUUCACCGGUUGCGUCUCACGACUACGAGUGGGAAACUCUUUUCCGUUGAAAAACGCGAAAGCUUCCCGUUUAAAACACACAGGAAAUAUUCGAUUCGGGACUUGUCCAGUGAAUAGUCUAGAGGUUAGCCAAGAAGAGCCGACAAGUACCCCGUUCGAUGAGAUCUCGAUUUCGUCCGUUGUUAGAAGUCGAGCCGCCGUCAUUUCAUUAACAUCAAUUGGUGGCGCUUGUUUGGGUGGAGUUCUACUGUUAACACUUUGCGUUUUGGUAUGUUGGAUGAGAUCAAGACCAGAGGGAGUCUAUAAGACAAAUGAGGGUGUCGAGCAAUACAGUGGCUCAGGCUCACGAUCGGAAGAGCCACUCGUUCAGAGCACUCUCUCAAAUAAAGAAUACUUUUGU